UGACAAAAUUAUAACUGUUUUCUUAAUGACCAAUACCAAUCCGCACGGCUAAAGAUAUAACCAAUCAAAGUAAUAGCAGUAACGUCAAAUCGCACUUAAAUCUUAAAUGGAUAUUCUGUCAAAUUGCUUCUGAAUUGACCUUAAACAGUAAUUGACAGCCACCUGAAAUUACAUUAGGUGCAUAGGUGCGUGCAAGUACUUUGUCAUAUAAAUAAUUGUUAAAAUAUUUAUGAUUACUAACAUUAGUAAUCAUAAAUGCUAUGUUUCUACAAAGUUAAUUUAAGUUUUGUUUUAGUUCACAGUGAUACUAGUUUGGUUCGGCUCUGUCAAUGUUGAUAACAUGAACUUUUGAGAAAAUAUUGAUAAGAGCAGAAACUGUAGUGUUUACUAGUUUAUCAGUUAAUCAUUUUACGUUAUUAAGAUUAUCCUAAAACCUGGGGCAUAAGGACUCGAGUGGCACCAGCAUGGUGGACUACUACAGGGUCCUCGAGGUGCAAAAAACUGCUACAGGUGCAGAUAUAAAAAAAGCAUACAGAAAACUAGCUCUAAAAUGGCAUCCGGACAAGAAUCCUGAUAAUAUGGAAGAAGCUACAAAAAAAUUCAAAGAAAUUUCAGAAGCGUACGAAGUAUUAUCAGACGAUUCGAAAAGAAAGAUCUAUGACACUCGAAGCACCAGAAGUAGUUCGGCGAAAUCAAGAUCCUACCGAAGCCAUUAUUUUGACAGUUACAAUCCUUUCUCUCAGAAAUAUUUUGAUAAAAAGAGACGUGUAUAUGAUCAAUAUGGUAAGGAUGGUUUAUUGAACGGCAACAGUCGCACAAGGAGUCGACAUGAAGAUGAAUUUGAUUUCGGCGGUUUCGGAUUCUUCUCGUUCCGAGAUCCAGAAGAUGUGUUCAGAGAAUUUUUCGGUGCCACGAUUUUUGAUCUAUUAGAUCCACACAUGGCGAGAGAUCAGAGACGACGGAACAGACAUUCUCAUCCUCAGAACGCGUUAAGCAGCGCCUCUCUAUUCUCCCCCUUCGGAUUACAAUUUGGCGGUAGUUUGAUGGACGACUUCUUCAAUCCUGGCCCGCACGGCGGCGGCGGUUUCACCUCAUUUAGUUCUAUAAAUACUUCGUUUAAUGGAUCUCCUAGUAACGCCAACGUCAAAAGAACCUCCACAUCUACCAGAUUCGCCAACGGGAAGAAAAUAACUACUAAAAAGAUUUUCGAAAAUGGAAAAGAAACAGUACUGUCCUAUGAAAACGACGUUCUAAAAUCAAAGACUGUGAAUGGGGUGGCGCAAAGUAUAACUUACAGUUAAAUUAUUUAUUUCAUAAUUUUUUCCACGAUUAGCCUAAUUGUAGUAGUACUUACACAUAAACCCUUCAAUAAAAAACACACAUAACUAUGUGAUUGAUGUACUGUGUUGCCCCCCAAUUGAAGCUCAACGCUCUUAGAUUAUUAUUAUAAUUAUUAUUACUAAGUGAGAACAUAUUUUCUGAUUCUGAUUGUAUUUGCGAACGAUGUGUAAUGUUUUUAGAGCAAAAAGACCAAUCGCGUUUCGUUUCGACUAUUCUAGAAUAUUCUUAGUUUUAUUGUAUAAUUGUCGUCUAAUGGCAAACUGAUCUACUAAAUGUUAUUGUUAGUCAAUAAAAGUGUUGCUGUAAUACAUUGAUAAAUAAUAAGCAUUAAAGCACAUUCAACCCUAAACUCCAGAUUUUGCUGAUCACUAAUGACUACUAAAUUUACUUGCGGUUUAUCUCACGUUUUAUUUGAGCCGUGCGCCUGUAAGACCGAUUUAUCUGUGAGUCGAAGAAUAUCAUUCAUGAUGGCGUCUGAUUAUAAUAUAUAAUUUUUUGAUGGUAUUGUUCUUUAUAUAUCUAAUGUAUAAAUAUUAAGAUGCGGUAGGUUAAUGUUUAAGGCAUGAAAUAAUUUAUUGAAUUGACGAUGUUAAAAAGUGGAAUUGUAUUCUAGGGAUUGUUUCAGUGUGUUUAUGAGACAGCGAAUUGUAAGAUGUGGGCCAUUUUAAACGAAUUAUCUUGAGAUGCAGCUUCAAAAUUGUGUUAUCCGAAUUUAUUUUUUAUUAAAAAAAAAAACUUGUUUUACUUUUCCGACAAACUCUUAUUUUAGCUGUGUACACUUCUGCCAUACUUUUAUGAGCUUCAGGAUUACCUCAUUAUAGAACCGCAAAAUUCUUGACAUCCUCAUCGUCCUCGAAUCUGACGCCGCUCAAAUAUUCUUUCAGAUGGCCAAUACAAAUGGGUAAACACAAUCUGGACUAUAAGGAGGAUAAUACAUUUUAUUCAGAUGCAAUUUGGUCAAUGCGUUUUUAGUCAGUUGAGUGGUUUGAUGUCUCGAAGGAGUGUUUUUGGGUGAAAAGCAGGUUCAACUUUUACAUACAAUAGUUGACAAUAAUCAAAAUACGCGUCGCCAUAGUAUUUUCAACUUUUGCUUUUCUGUAUGUUUUGUGACUCUACACUAAACCUGAUUGCUUGCUUUUUGGAACAAAGUCAUACACCUAAGUUUUAAUAAAGAGUAAAUAAGUUUUUCAGAAAUGCUUCUCUUUGUUCAAAGCUUCUUAAAAGCUCUGCU